GACGUUGCUGCUGGGUUCUAAUUUUGCAAUAAAUACGCGCGCGUUCAACCUCAUAAACUCUUUGUAUUCAUGGCAGCUGGAAGUAAGACAACACCGGUACAUGCAACGGAUGCUAAACUAACUAACUAAAUUUCACUGGAAGCAAAUCCAGACUACGUACGGCGGCUGCAAAUACCACUUGGCUUAAACUUGAACGGGCGCACUUGUAGGAGGUUUUCUAACACGGCAAAUACACGCGCGCGCGCCUUUACACACGAACGUGAAUUUACGAAAAAAUGUUUUGGUAAUUCAAAAUGUGUUGAGAGAUCUGUGCUGAAUAGAGUUGUUGUUUUAUGACAAAAUAGUAAAUAUCGCAAAAUAGUAAAUAUGUGCGUGUUGCCUUUGAGACGGCGUGAUUGCAGUUUCGACGUGUGCUUGCUUACUUGCUAAUAUUUAGAUUCUUAUGUCGAUACUCGUAAUUGCCUGGGAAAGGUGAACACUGUAGUGGUCGUCAUUGCCGUCGAAGUCAGGCGUGCACUUUAUUCAUUGAAUAUUAUUGUGAUUUGCAUGCCGCCAUAAGAAAAUAAUGAAAUCACAAGAAAAGUGCAGUGCGAAUACACUUGCGGUUGAACUAAAAAUAAAGCAAAGUAUAAACAAAUAAACAAUGGAAAUUUUCAGUGUUUUAGAAAAAGUGCAAAAACGUAUAAAUAUUUGAUAUUACGCGUAUAUGCAAGAAAAUUACUUAUUUUGGCUCAUCACCUACACAGGUGUGCAGUAAGUUCUGAUAUGGAGCCUACAAGCGCAACUACAGACCCCUACAGCUGGGACACAACCACCUCCCAUGCAAGCACAGCGUUAUUUAAUCCUUCUAGUGAGCUCUAUGCACUAGUUAAUGGUUCCACAAAUUCGCUUAACAAUUCCUUCACCGCCUAUAACUACAACUAUGACAAUACACAAAAUGCUUCAAUUGAGCACUUUUUCGAUCUGGGACCAACGCGUGACUCGCUCAAGAUCGUCAUUCCCGUGACGGUCAUUUACAGUUUGAUUUUCGUAAGCGGCGUUAUUGGCAAUAUCAGCACCUGUAUUGUGAUCAAGAAGAAUCGGUCCAUGCACACCGCCACUAAUUACUAUCUCUUCAGCCUAGCCAUUUCCGACUUUCUGUUGCUGCUAUCUGGAGUACCACAAGAGAUGUACUUUAUCUGGUCAAAAUAUCCCUAUGUAUUUGGUGAAUACUUCUGCAUUGGGCGCGGCGUGCUGGCUGAGACCUCAGCCAACGCGACUGUACUUACCAUUACCGCCUUCACCGUCGAGCGUUACAUGGCUAUCUGCCAUCCGUUUCUUGGUCAGGCUAUGUCGAAAUUGAGUCGUGCCAUCCGUAUUAUUGUACUCAUUUGGUUGGUGUCGGUGUUGACGGCCAUCCCACAAGCGGCACAAUUCGGUAUCAUUAUGCUGAAUGGCAUCGAGAAGUGCACAGUUGUGCGGAAUAUUAUCCAGCAUUCAUUCCAGUUAUCCACUUUCAUUUUCUUCUUUGCUCCAAUGUCCAUUAUUUUGGUUUUGUAUUUGCUGAUCGGCUUGCGUUUGCAUCGUUCGAAUUUGAUGGGCGCCACUGGUGAGGCCGGUGGAGGUGGUUUUGGAUACAUUAGCACUGGCGUGAGUGCUGUAAAUGGUAGAGGAAGUGGUGCUAGUAGAGGUAGCAGGGAAGGCAGCGGCAGUAGUGUUGUAGCGCGCACAAGCGGAGCACGCAAAGGGAGCGGCCGCAUGGGCAUGAAGGGUACACAAAACGAAACGAUGCUCUCUCGUUACAUGGGCGGCAGUCAGUUGAGUGCGGUGCGAGGGCGGAUGAAUCAUUAUGGAACGCGACGAGUGAUCAAGAUGCUAGUGGCGGUUGUCAUAUGUUUCUUCUUGUGUUGGGCGCCGUUCCAUGCACAGCGGCUUAUCGCCGUUUACGGGAUGAAUGUGAUGGGUGGCAGCAAUGAAGGUGGUGGUGAUGACUCUGCUGCAGAUGAUAAGAAUCAUCAUGUGGUAAUAUACACAGUUAUGACCUAUGUGUCUGGCGUGCUUUAUUACCUGUCGACAUGCAUCAAUCCGCUGCUGUAUAAUCUCAUGAGCAACAAGUUUCGGCAGGCGUUCAAGUCGAUUUUAUUUCGUAAAAAAUCCACUGGUUCUAUCAAUUAUCGAAAAGCGCAACAAUCGCAAAAUUUACGUCGUAAUCCUACGCUUACUUCGAGUACUCAGCGAGAAUUGAGUGAUUCAGAGUCGCAAUCAAAACAUUCUAUGCUUCAGACCGUGUUGAAUGAGCGAAGAGCUAACAACCAGAUUUUGCCAAAGAAUGGUAAAUAAUUAGAUUGACCUGCUUGCUUGGAGUAUAACAACUUCAGUUCCACAGCCUACGAAAAUGCAGCAAUAUGUGAUUGGAAGGUUGGGAAUUCUUAAGUUUUUCCUCCAUUACUAUUAUUUUUUUCUGUAUAAAGGAAUUUAAAAUGAAUUUAACCAAUUUAAAAGGCUAUUGACUUUAGACGCUCAUGGGCAAACACAUGUGCACACUUUGCAAAAAGGUGUAAGAAAACUACAAUUUAAAAGUUUUCUACUCAAUCGAGGUACUUAAAACUGGAUUCGUUUAAUUACUGAACUCAACAAACAAAUUUAUUUGUAUGAAACAUAAUCCUAUAUAUGUACAUAUAAUCUAAGUAACUUAUAUAUUAUAUUACAUUAUAUGUAUGUUUGUAUGUGCAGUAUAAUGCCUAACCACAUAUUGUGUACAUACCUAGGUGGAUUUAAGUCAGUGUGCACAAAUACAUAUAAAGAUACUAUGAAUAAAUUGAACGUAAUAAAACGCACUCACUAAUAGGCGCUGUAAUAUGGAUAAGUUUUUAUUGAUUUAAUUGCAUAUUUUUUAAUGAGAUUUUCUUAAUCACCCAAGCCCUCUUCCGCACUUACAAACAUAAAUUUAGCAGAUUCUGUAUCGAUUCUAAAAAUUGAAGUUGUC